GAAAUAUGAAUCUGCGUCUCCAACAUCAUUUUUGUUUGAUACUCCAGAUUCCUGGUUUUCUUAAAGUGAUAUAAUGGCUGUGUUUCUAGUCGCCAUUUUGACAUUAUUUCCUUUGACGUCAGCUCAGCCUUAUCCAUUUCAUUUGGAUAUUCUUGCGGAUGAAGACGAUGCUGAACGUAUCCGUAAUAUCACAAAUGAAUUCUUUAAUUCCACUCGAUUAGGGAUGUGGGCUGCUUUGGAUAUAAGUCCAGUCACUUUUACCAUAAACACAAAAAAUGAAACUCCUGGUAUUUACAGUUUCACUGAGAAAAACAGUACUUCCUCUUCUUAUAUUGAUAUGAAAAGGAAUCCCUCUGAUUUGUUGUGCAUAUUAGCAAAAAGCAUAGGUGUGGCUUAUAUUCGGACUCGUCCUGGAAGAUCAAGUAUUUGCCGACCCAGCAUACAGAUAAGACCAUCAGUUACGGAAUACAUGGAUAUUGCUCACCAGAUAUAUAAGUAUAAUGACAGUGAAUUCACAUCGGUCAUUUAUAUCACGGAUCAUAUGUAUGAUUUCGACCUUAGCAUUUUUCAAAAGAGAUUCAAUUCCACCUUGAAGAUGAUGAUGUUCAUAAUUAAUAAUAGCAGUGUGCCAACUCAAGUGAAGCAGUUUGUCACGGAUGGCAACACGGAUUCUUUUAUCAUGUUUGCUUCUGGUACUGUUAUUAGGGAUAUGUUACAAAUUCUUUCAAACCUGAAAAAUUUAACAGUGACAAGGACGGAUAACUGGGUGAUGAUUCCAUCGGACGAAACUGAGUGUCCAGAUCUUUUGGGUUUGAAUUUCUCAGUCGUGUGUGUUAGACAUGAUUUCGUCAAGGAUCCCGAUGUCUCAGCAAACCUUAAAUAUGUAGACGACGCAUUAUUGUUGAGAAGUCUUCAUUUACUUGAGAAAAAUAUCAGAGAUUUUUCGCUCUCUUCGGCACCUACUGCAACGUCUGCUCUAAGGCAGCUGGCAUGGCAUGUAUACAACGCAACUAAAGAAGUCAAAUUGGACAUCGAUUUAAUGAGGAUCGAUAAAAUAAGAACAAAAGCAAAAAUAGGAACCUGGACUCGGGCCACAGACGUGGUUUUGACUACACAACCUUUCGCAUUCGCACAUGCAUCCCUAUUAACAGUCAUCACUAUCCACGAGCCGCCAUUUGUUGUGAAAAUUGUAAACAAGAGUGGGACUUUCUUUCGAGGCUACACCAUUGAUGUUCUGGAUAAGAUUGCAGAGGAAGUCGGAUUCACAUACGUCAUCCGUGAAUCACGUGAUAAGCAAUAUGGUCUAGCUCUAUCUGAUGGAUCCUGGACGGGGCUUGUGGGAGAGGUCCAAAGAGGGGAAGCCGAUCUGGCGGCAGCCCCAGUGUCUGUAACAGCUGAGAGAGAACAAGUGAUCGAUUUCACUAACCCUUACUAUGAUUAUGCGGGUCUCCAGAUCCUGAUGAGCGGCACCAUUGCUUCUAGUUCCAUGUUUGGAUUUGUGGACGUCUUUGACGGACCUGUGUGGCUGGCCUGGUUCGGUUUCCUUGGUCUGACGGGUAUUAUGCUGUAUGUAUUUCACAUCUUGGUCUAUCGAGUGUUUUCCAAAGAAAAAGAAAAAGAUAAGGACAAGGUAUUCACUAUCAGCGACACGCUUUGGUUUCUUAUCUCAUCUAUUACCAUAUAUGGACCAGACAAAACCCCUGGUACAUUUGCAGGGCGAGUGUUAGUAAUUGGAUUCUGGUUCUUUUGUCAAAUUAUGAUGGCGACUUACACAGCCAACCUUGCUGCAUUUAUGACAUCCAAAAGACUUACAACUGAAAUUCACUCCAUAAACGAGCUAGCUUCUCAGAACUCUAUUAAAUAUUCUGCUCUAGCUGGGUCAGUAAGUGAAGCCUACUUUUCCCGUAUGAAAGGCAUUGAAGAGAACUUCUUCGAGCUGUGGAAGAAUAUGAGUUACGCGAAAAGCAACGAUAGAAAUGACCUCACUGUGUGGGACUAUCCUUUGGAUGACCUUUAUUCCAGAAUGUUUUCUCAAAUCAAUGAAACGGGAUUUUUAAAGACAUCUAAGGAGGGAGUGGACCGUGUUCUAUCGGAAGGAUUUGCAUUUAUCCACGAAACACCGAUGAUUAAGUAUGAAAUGGCGAAGUACUGCAAUUUGAUUACUGUUGGAGAGGUUUUUAGUGCAAAACCUUAUGCAUUUGUUCUGCAGGAAAAUUCGCCUCUGAAGGAAGCAUUCAAUGCUAAAAUACUCGAGCUCCAAGCCGAUGCAUACUUUGAACAGAGGAAGGAAGUAUGGUGGUCUAAAACAGUAUCUUGUCCAAAGGAAGACGAUUCCACCACGGGACUUCCUUUCAAGAACCUCAGUGGUGUCUUCAUCUUAACAGGAGCGGGGUUCGCCACGGGAUUUCUAAUGCUUGGAAUUGAAUGCAUUGUGUUCAGAUGGAAAAAGAGAAAGGAAUCGCAGGAGAAACCUAAAGAGGCAUACAGCAAACCUAAGUAUCCCCCCCUACCCCGCCUAACAUCUUUGAGAUCAUUGUUCUUGAAGAGCAAGAAAACAACAUCAACCGUGGAUUUAACUAUUUCAGAGGUGGAUUAAUGAUGGAGUUUAGAUACUUCGCCAUCAUGUGCAUGUAACAAGGAUAUUUCUAUCUAAACUGAACAUUGUUGAUCUAAUAGUUAACUGGUGCUUUUGUUUGCCCGUAGUUUGUAUCGUAUGGUCUAUUAGCAAUGACCCUUUUGUCUCAUCGAUUGCUUGUAUUAUUCAAAUUUACACGCUUAAUUUUAAUGUUUUCUUGAUAAAAAAAAAAUUCAAGUGUUUAUG